GCGUCCCAUGACCACUCUUCCAACAUAGCAAACACGAAAUUUUCAAAUCGACCCUCUUCCUCACUCCUCCUCUACCGACAUUGGACAUAGAGGCCUUUGGUUGCGCUCUACAGACCACCGCAGCUAUGGCGACAACCGUCGAUCUGGAGGACAUGAAGCUGGACGAGCAAAACAUGCCGACGACCAUCACGUCGCAUCAGAAUGGGGAAAUGGCGGACACCGAGAACCAGCUCAAGCGCGAGUUCAAGCCGCGCCAGGUCUUUAUGUUCUCCAUUGCCUGCGCCAUUGGGACAGGUCUCGUCAUCGGCUCCGGUACGGGCUUGUCCAGGGGCGGGCCUGGGAGUCUUCUGAUCUCCUACAUCAUGGUGGGCGUGGCCGUCUUCUUCGUCAUGACCAGCCUGGGCGAAAUGGCUGCCUUUGUCCCCAUGAACAAGGGCUUCGCAGGCUACGCCAGUCGCAUGGUUGACCCUGCUUUUGGCUUCGCCACAGGAUGGAACUACUUCUUCAAGUACAUGAUCGCCGCGCCCGCCAAUCUCACGGCAGCUGGACUCGUCAUCCAAUACUGGCGCCCCGACCUCAAUGUAGCCAUAUGGGUCGCGGUCUUUGGCGUGGCCAUCAUCACCAUCAACGUGCUGCACGUCUCCAUGAUUGGCGAGACGGAGUUCUGGCUAGGCGCCACCAAGAUCCUCGUCUUAAUCAUCCUCAUCAUCUCCUGUCUCGUUGUCGCCCUGGGCGGCGGCCCCAACCACGUCCGCACUGGCUUUCACUACUGGUCUGACCCUGGCGCCUUCAAGGAGUACCUCGCUGUGGGCUCUCUUGGUCGUUUCUUGGGUUUCUGGGCGUGUGUGUGCCAGGCUUGCUUCGCUUAUGUUGGCACAGAGGUUGUUGGCAUGACCUUUGGCGAGACACCGAACCCGCGCAAGAACAUCCCUCGCGCCGUGAAGCAGACGUUUUGGAGAAUCGCCGUGUUCUACAUUCUUGCUGUCGUGGUGCUGGGAAUGGCUGUCCCCAGCGAUAAUGAAUUGCUCAUUGGCGCCACGAAAAAAUCGACGAGUGCUGACGCGUCUCCCUUUGUCGUGGCCGUUCGUCUUGCUGGCAUCGCCGUACUACCAGACUUUGUGAACGCCUCGCUGCUUGUCUUUACACUGAGUGCCGCCUGCACAGAUAUUUACUGCGCUUCCCGAUCCCUCUAUGGACUGGCCCGAGACAAACAAGCACCCGCUAUCUUUGGCAAGACGUUGAAAAACGGCAAUCCGAUCUGGGCCACGGCUGUGAGCUCAUGCUCGGUCGCCUUGGGGUUCCUGAACGCCAGCAAGUCCUCUGGAACUGUCUUUCAAUACCUGGUCAGCCUGGUCACCAUCUUCUCCGUGUUGAACUGGUUUGCCAUCCUGGUGUCUUUCCUAUUCUUCCGCCGCGCCCUCAAGGCGCAGAGAAUCACGCCCUCGAUGCUCCCCUACUCCUCCAUCGGACAGCCCUGGGGCGCAUGCUAUGCCCUGUUCAUAUCGUGCAGUGUCAUCAUGUUCAGUGGCUAUGAUGCAUUCAUGGGUCACUUCCAGGUCGAUGUCUUUGUGCUGAAGUAUCUGGGUGUUGCUUUGUUCAUGCUGAACACUGUCGGCUGGAAAGUCUGGAAGAAGACACGAAUGGUAAAGCCAGAUCAGACGGACCUGAUCACGGGACGGCGGGAGUUUCAAGAGACCGAGUUCCCCAACGAACAACAGUGGAACGAGGGCUUUUGGCGAAAGCUUCUCCGCAAGGGCAGAAUCGGUUCUUGAAUCAGGAGAUCGGGCCAGUAAAGUUAAGAGUAUCUACAUCGCAGAAGGGC